AUAACCUACCUACUAAGUCAUCACAACCAAACCACAAGUUCACAAAAUUUUUUCUCAUUCAUAUCUACAAUCAAUCUCUAAUACUCAAGAAUCAGAAUUCAGCAGCUAGUGUUUGGUUUAGAAAUUGAAGGUGAAUUCAUAGAUAUUGUUACAAGAAUUACACAUCAAGAAAAUGGGGAGCUAUGAAACUGAGCUGAAUCUGAAGGACACAGAGUUAAGGUUGGGAUUACCUGGCUGUGAUGAACUGGAGAAACGUUCAUGCAAGAGAUCUUCAAUGGAAUUGGAAGAUUCCAAGUGCAAGAGCAAUGUUACUACAUCUAAUAAUGUUUCUUCUGAUUCCUCAACCACAAAUGAACAUGACUCAGAUAGUGUCCAACCUGCAAAGGUGCAAGUUGUGGGGUGGCCACCAAUUCGAUCUUAUAGGAAGAACAGUCUACAACAGAAGAAGACAGAACAGGGUGAUGGAGCUGGAAUGUAUGUGAAAGUGAGCAUGGCUGGUGCGCCUUACUUGAGGAAGAUAGAUCUCAAGGUUUACAACAACUAUCCAGAACUCCUCAAGGCCUUAGAGAACAUGUUCAAGUGCACAUUUGGUGAAUAUUCAGAAAGGGAAGGAUACAAUGGAUCUGAACAUGCUCCUACUUAUGAGGACAAGGAUGGUGAUUGGAUGCUGGUUGGAGAUGUUCCAUGGAACAUGUUCAUGUCUUCCUGUAAGAGGCUGAGAAUAGUGAAAGGAUCAGAAGCCAAAGGAUUGUCCUGUUUGUGACCAACAAAAGAAAAAGCAUGAAGUGAAACACAAAGUGAAGUCUUCAAUUCCCUUUGGUUGUGCAAGCAUGCAAGAACCUGGUCUCUGUGAUAUCAGGAAAACAGAUGGACGCCUUCCUUUUCCUCUGUUUGUUUGUUUGGCUUUGACGCCUCCUUCCAUAAUUGUAGUCUUUGGAAAAGGAAAAAGAAGAAAUAGGAAUAGAAAGAGGAAGAAAAGAAAAACUCAUGCUAUUUUGAUUGUACAGAGGAUAUAUAUAUAUAAUACUAUCUCAUUUUGUUCUAGCUA